UUCAUUUCAUCAGCGAGUGAGUUUCGAGUCAAGUCUUGUGAUCCGAUUCGAGCGUGAUUCGAGAGUAACUCUUUCUUUUUUGGGUUCUGCUGUUGUUUGUUGUUUGUUGUUUGCCGCCACCGAGUGUUGAGCAGAAAAUGCAGUCCAUGAAGAACGCGGCGGCUUCCACCAAGGAGACGGCGGCCAACAUCGGCGCCUCCGCCAAGGCCGGCAUGGAGAAGACCAAGGCCGUCGCCCAGGAGAAGGUGGAGAAGAUGACGGCCCAUGAUCCAGUUCAGAAGGAGAUGGCGACCGAGAAGAAGCAUGAGCGGAUGGAGCAGGCCGAGGUCAACAAGCAGAUGGCCCGCGAGGAGAACGCCGCCUCCAAGCAAUCCACCGCCGUCACUGGCCACAUGUCCACCACCACCACGACCACCAGCCCCGGCACCGGCACCUACUCCACCACGGGGGCGGCUGGCCUCCCUACCGGGGAGCACCAGGUGUCGGCCCUGCCCGGCCACGGCAUGGGGCAGCCGGCUGGACAGGUGGUUGAGGGCGUGGCGCAGUCCCACCCCAUCGGGACUGACACGGGCACAGGGCGGACCACGGCGCACAACACCCGGGUCAGCGGGACCGGGCAGGGCUACGGCACGGGCGGGUCCUAUAAUUAGAAAAGAUUAUGAUGAAUGGGGGUGAGUUUGGGUGCUGUAGUGGGAGAAGUAAUAAUGAACGUAUCAGAGUGAGUGUUUCCCUUCUUUGUAUUGUGACGUCGUACUAUGUUUUCAGGCGAUUUCUUGUGUUUUUGGGUGUGUGGGGUGUUGUGAUUUGUGAACAUGCAUUUUACCGAUGGAUGUAAUAAGACGAGAUGAUGUGUUUUUACCGA